AACGUGUUAAAUCUGAUGAUAGCCCACUUCUAACCCUUGUAAAUGAAAAUAUAUAGAAUAAACCUGCAGAUGCUAGAAAUCUAAAGUAAAAACAGAACUGUUCUGACGAAAUGUCGGCUUGGUUUCUCUUCUUACAGGAGUCGCCAGACCUGCUGAGUAGCAUCUGGAAGCAUCAUCUUGAGGAGGGGUUUGAAGGCGACUGACACCAUGGAAUUGCCAAACUACAGCAGGCAGCUCAUGCAGCAACUGUACACCCUGAGGAAAGAGGAGCAGUUCUGUGAUUGUACCCUGUUCAUCGGAACCACCGAGUUUAGAGCACACAAGCUGGUGCUGGCUGCCUCCAGUUUGCUGUUUAAAUCUCUCCUGGAUAACACAGACACCAUUUCCAUUGACCAGGCUGUAGUGUGCCCAGAAGAGUUUGCUAUUCUUUUGGAGAUGGUCUAUACAGGAAAAGUGCCUCCAGGAAAGCACAACUUCACAAAAGUUGUUUCUGUUGCGGAUAACUUGCAAAUGUUUGAUAUUGCUGUGAGCUGCAAGAACAUAGUGGCAAACCUCAUGAAGCACAGUGCAGCAAGUGAGGUGCAGGUUUCCACGCCUGCUGUGGAUGACGUGGUACAGCAUAUAAUUGCACAAAAUCCAGCUGGCGCAAAUCAGCAUUGGGUGGCGCAAGAGUCGGGCAAAAGCGAAGUAUCUAGUUCCACUAAUGCUGAAGUCACAGUGGUUUCAGACCAAAACAUUUCUGUGCAAGGAUUAAAUUGCACUGGCACAGUAGACUUUGCAGAGACAGCACUUUCCUCUGAUGAAAAUAUUGUGUGUGCUGAUAAUGUUGAACCAAAACAAGAUGCAGAGCACAAGGAAGAUUUAGCAGAAAGAAGUACUGAUAACGUCCAGGACAUUAGUAGUUCUCCAGAUGGUGUCAGGAUGAUCAGUGAAGAGAUGGUUACUGGAUCAUCCUGUGAGAGGGAGCAGCCUGUGAUCCUAGAAGACUCAAAGAAUCUCACAGAACAGGAGUUCCUAUUGCAGCAUAAACAUGAUCUUGCAGAGGCAGUCCAGGACCUGCAGGCUUUACUGGAUUCUGUAACCAGAUGUGAUGACAUCCCAUUACCAGAGAAAGAGGUUUUCUUAGACUGCUGUAAAGAAGCAGAAAGCAGUGAAGUUUUCGGCAGAUUACUGGAUAAAGUUACAGAAGAGAAGACUUUGCAAUUGGAAACCCUGCUAUUUGUGCUUGAACAGAGCAAAGAAGCCUACCCCAGACUGAAAACUCUGCUUCAGAACUUAAACCAAAAUCUGCCCAUAGAACAUUUAAUACUAACUGGUCGUAUUGACACUGAAGAUUUUUUGCUCAACCUUUACUUACACAAAGAAGAGGUCCUGGAAAGUGUGACAGACUUGAGCCCUUUAUUGGCCUGUCUUGAAUCUGCUGAAGAAACCAUUUUCAGUGAAGAGGAGAAAAAGGUGAUUGCUGAGUGCUGCCAGGGAGACUCGGCCAGAGAUGCCAUGGCUAAGCUAUUGAGGAAAAUAAUUGAAGAGAGGCAGUUGAGUGCUGAGACUGCACUAAAUCUUCUUCGAAAGAUGAAAGAGGUUUACCCUGUUCUACAGUCGUUACUAAGGACUCUCACAGCAGAACCAGGAAUAACUACAAAGUCAGAAGUGAAGAACCUAGAAGAUUGUGCGUUUGACUUGCUCAGACGAUAUCAAGAGAACAUUGUUGAUGCAGUGAUUGAGCUACAAACCCUACGCAAUGUCUUGUCUGUUUCUGAGGAUAUAUCUGAUGAUGAUAAACAGAGAAUUGAAGAUCUUAUUAAAGAGAAAGAUGUGGUGGAUUGCAUAAGUAAUUUGAUGGAAACUGUGUUAGAAAAACGAACACUGACAGCACUUACUAUUUGGAAAGUGCUCAUCCGAAUGAAAGAAGAUGUGCCAAAGCUGUGCACCCUGCUGGAUGAGCUCCAGAAAGAACCAGAUGGUCUUCGACUCAUUUUAUCAGUGAGUGAUGAGGAAAGUAAAGCCUUCAAUAUUUUAAGAAGACAUAAACAGUUGAUCAUCAACGCAAUUGAAGAUAUCAGCCCAUUACUGGACUGUUUGGUACCUGGUGUAGAAAAUCUUCCUACUGAAACAAUUGAGAUUUUGAAGAGCUGUUGUUUCAAGGACACUGCUGGUCAGUCAUUAGAAAGUAUUCUGGGUAAAAUUCUAGAAGAGCGACUCAUUCCUGCUCUGGUGUUCUGUAAACUCUUGCAUAUGAUCAGUGAGUCCCAUCCGUCCCUUGAAUUGGUAAUGAAGACAAUGGAAAAUGCAGGACUAUUGAAAGAAGCAAUGAGUGAUAUGGAAGAGGAUCCGAAGGAAUACCCAAUGGAUCAUGAAGAGAGAAGUGAAGAAGAUGGGGAGCACCCUGACAAUGCUGGACAUGUCAAGGAAGGAAGCAGUGAUCCAGCCAUAGAUCAGAUGAAACCAAAGCGUAAACCCAGAGGAAAGCAGGACUUUUGCUGUACUGCAUGUGGCAAGACUUUCGCGUUUAAAUGUCGACUUGAGCUACACCUUACCCGAUGCCGCAAAAUUGGUCUGCUUAAAACCAUUAACUGGGAGGAAUGUGGAGAGACUAGGACUUCCCAGAAGGAUCUAGAAAAGAACAGAGAAGAUGCACAUGAUGCACCAAAGGGGAAGAAGAGGAGGUUGCCAGUAUCUUGUGACAUCUGCGGGAAAUCCUUCGCUCACCAGUCAGGAAUGCAAUAUCAUAAGCGCUCUGAUCACUUUGACGAGAAGCCUUUCUCUUGUAAUGACUGUGGGGCAAAAUUUGCAGCAAAUUCCACACUGAAGAAUCACAUGAGACUUCACACUGGAGAAAAGCCAUUCUUCUGCAAACAUUGUGAUAUGACAUUUAUGCAAGCUGCUGCUUUGGCCUAUCACAUGAAGAAAAAACAUUCAGAAGGAAAAAUGUACGCAUGUCAGUACUGUGAUGCAGUGUUUGCCCAGUCAAUUGAAUUGACCCGCCAUGUACGGACACAUACUGGGGACAAGCCAUAUGUCUGUCGCGAAUGUGGCAAAGGAUUCAGCCAGGCCAAUGGACUGUCCAUGCACUUGCGUUCCUUUCACAAUGUUGAAGACCCAUAUGACUGUCAGAAGUGCCGGAUGAGUUUUCCAUCUCUAGAGGAGCAUAAGAAGCACAUCCAGGAAGUGCAUCCUCCUGAGUACAAUCCCUGUGAUGUCUGUGGCAAGAAUUUUAGUGCGCCGUCACUUCUCGAAAGACACAUGGUCACACAUGUUGGUGGAAAACCAUAUAACUGUGAAAUUUGCGACAAGGCUUAUCAGCAAUUGUCUGGACUGUGGUAUCACAAUCGAACUCAUCACCCUGACAUCUUCGCAGCACAAAAUCACCGCUCUCCAAAGUUUGCUACCCUGACUUGCUCAGUAUGUGAGAAAUCCUUUGCCAGUAUAACAGCUCUGAACAAACACAUGAAGUCUGACCAUUCAGAUAUCAAGAUGUUGGAGUGUGAAGAUUGUAAAGAGACCUUUGCUUCACAAGCGUUGUUGCACGUACAUAUAAAGUCCAAACAUUCAGGGAUUCAUCCAUUUAAAUGUUCACACUGUCCGGCAACAUUCAGAUUUCCUGGAGCUUUGCAACAUCAUUUGAGCACAGAACAUUCAACUCAGCAAACCAGCACUUUUCUUUGUGGGGAUUGUGCCCAGCUAUUCAGUUCUCAGCAGGACUUGGAAGAACAUCAGAGGAGCAAGCAUGCUAGAAUACUGUUUGCUAAUGUUCAAGAGGCAACCCAAAUGGUUAUCCAAGCAUCCGAGCAGUUGACAGCCACCCAGCAGGUCAUAUCUCUGGAGGAGACUCUGACUGGUGUUGGAUCACAGGUAUUUGUGGCAUUGCCCGAUUCUCAGAAUGGUUCCUCAGGUCACCACGAAGUUGUGGCUCUGAACGUGGAUGAUCUGUUGGAUGGGACCGUGACACUCAUCUGUGGAGAGACCCCAUGAAAAUGUGUAAAGAUAAUAGUCCAAAGCACAACUGGAAGAUUUCAGGAAUGUGAACAGAACAUUUUCCUUUACAAUCUAACUUAAGAUCACACAUCAUUUCAAUUUUAGUUCUGAAGUGAGUACUUUGUUGCAAUGAUUUUAAGGUUUUGAAACGUAUUACUAUUAAUAUCUUGCAACUCCUGAAUGUUUGUAGAGACACAGUAUCCUUCAGUGGAAAGGUUGUUGGGCUGAAGCUACAGUGAGCCCAGCAGUAACAGUACUGUGUGAUCUCCUACAGCCUGGUACCCCAGUCAUUUCAAGCAGUUAGUACCUUGGGUUAUUGCUGAGGAUGUUCGACAGAUGUUCACAUUAACAGAAUGAGGGAUGAAUCAUACGGGCCAGAAGUGAUCAGCGGUCCGUGCUAAGGUAGUUCAGCAGAGAAGAGGGAGUCUCUGAAUUUGUCUAGGCGUUCCAACGUUGGGAGAUGCAAGGCCAGAGCUCUUGCCUGCUCAUAGGCUGAUUACCACUGUCCUUGAGCACUGCAUGUUCUCUGAUCUUAUAAAAAAAAGAUGAGUGUCGUCCCAAGAAUAUCUUAUCUCAAGAGUGGAAUUAAGAGACAUUAAAGAAUGUGGUUCUUCGUAUUGCUGCUUAACAAGAUGGAUAUACAGAAAUACCUCUGGAUUAUUCAGGGUGGCUUAUGUUAUUACUCACACUUACAGAAGUAGUAUACAACAGGGACCACAUCUGAAUCCAUGCUUAUGCCUUGUUAAAGUUGCUACUCUAGCUUACGGUUGCCAGCAUGUGUAACAUAAUUUGCAAGAUGUUUGAGCUUGCUGAUAUUUACAGUUAGUCCAUUGAAUAAACAAAAAAAGGUUAUCCAAAUGUUAUUGAUGAAUUACAAACUGUGAAUGAAUAUAAUAGUUUUUCAAAACCAGUUUUAAAAGACUGCUCCCAGAACUUUAAAAUAACUGACUUUCUUUAUCACUUGGUGCACUGAAGUGAAGAGGAAUUGGGCCACCAUUUAUGUAAAAUACUCUUUCUCUACUGGUCUGUUUGGACCCAUGUUGGCUGUAGUUACAUUUCCUUUCAUGCAGUGUUGAUUGACUGCAUGUUCAGUUACUUCAAUGCCAAGAAAAAAAAUGCAAGUUUGAGAGAUGUAGUAUCUUUUCAACAAAUUUUCUAAUAACCUCUACUGAUCUUGACAAGGUGUUUGAUACCUCGUUUAAGAUUAAAGAGUAAUAAAAAUGGGAUGUCACAAAUACUUUAGCCAGCUCAAGUUUCUGGGCAGAGUAAGUCUGGCCUUGUCAACAUUAUCUAACCAGUUAGUCAGUUUCAUCACUAAAACUUCCAAUCCACGGAUCAGUCCUUGCACCCAGAUAUGUUCCAUGAGAUCCUGGUUCUAUGAAUGCUAAAUCUAACGAUGAUUUUCCAGUGAUUAACCUUAUUAUAUAUCUAAAGGUUUUAUUUCUGGCAGACAUAUAAAAUCUGGCAGACUUGCCCACAUUAACUUGGAGACCAGUCUUAGCAUAGAAUCACUUCACAAUCUUGAGGUUGUGACUCAUCCCCUUAAACAACCCGCUAACGACAGUCACAUCGUCUGUGAAGGCGAUAUCCGCACAGGACUUAUCACAGCCAUUUGGAGUACAAUCACUGCCAUCGCUCUCGUCGAACACAACAGGAUGUCCAUACCACAAUUAAAAAGAAUGGGAGAGAGGGGAUCACCUUGUUUCACGCCCCUCCUGAUAGGGAUGGGAGAGGUCCUACCUCUCUUGUCUUCAUUGACCAUGGAGGAAUCUGUAUAGAGAUCUAAAACUAUUUCACUGAAUUCCCUACAGACACUAAGUCUUUCCAGGGCUCUCCCAUUGACAACAUGCCAGAGAGAGUCAAACCCCUUUGCCAAAUCAAUAAAAAUGAUUACAAUAUUAAUAAAAUUUCUCUUGACUCCUAAUAACAAAUUAUUAAGGAUAGGUAUGUUCUGGUUACACCCAGAGGUUGCAAUAGUAAAACCCUUCUGACAAUCAUUGAUGUAAAUACUAUCCAUUAAUCUCUUGGCCAAAAUUUUGGUAAAAGUUCUCAUAAUUGAUCUGAUUGUAAUAGAUCGCCAGUUAUCUAUCUCGUUCAAUUUCACCGGAUUGUCAGUCUUAGUGAUGAGAACAGUGCGGCCAUUUUUAAGAUUGCCUGAAGUCUUUCUACAUCAUAUGCAUAACAUAAAAAUACUAGCUAUGAAACUCCUAUCAAUUGCCAUGCAAUCCUUCAAAAAUGCCCAUUGCAGCUUGUCACAGUAUCCUAAAGCUUUCUGGAGCCUCACUAACCUCCUCUGUAACAUCACCAACUAAAAAAGUAUUUUUAGCAAGGUGCAUCGCCACACUAAAUUUAGCAAUGGCGGCCUUAUUAUUGCUUGUACCGAACCUGUCUCUAAAAUGGACUUUUAAAUCGUCAAUAUUGAGCGGACGCUCGUCAUAGGUGGGACACCCACAUCAACUGCCUGGCCAAGGCUCCAAAAUUCUCUCUAAGCAAUCUUUGGGUCCUCAAGUACUCACCUUUGUGCCUUACAUAUCUUCUCUUCACACCAGAAUUAUUCUCAUCUCAACCACUCUUAUCAGCAUUACCUGCGCCAGCUCACUCAGUCUUCCACCUUUCAUCACCUAGAAAUUCCAUUAAUUAACACGAACUCCUACAAGUGACAUCAUUCUUAUCUGCAAUGAACACAGCCUCAUUGACCAAAUGUACAAGACAAAUGUACCUAUUGCUGGCACAGCCAGUAUCAUUACUCAAAAGGUUCACAUUUUGAAUCAUACCAGAAACCUCACAACCUCACAUCUGGGGUACUAACCACAUUCGUAGCACCCACAUUCUUGGGCUCACCACCACUAUCCACAACCACGUAGCCUUCAUCGGUAACACCAAGAUCAUUAUCAUCUACUUCUUCAGUACCCCUCUGAAACCAAUAUUUAAAGAAACCAAUUUGCUCUGUCCCCCUAAUGAAUUCAGCAGUGUGAUGCUUAUCUGAGGUUUGUUUAUUUGUCUUGGUUGACGACUCCUCGGCAAUGAACUUAGUGAUCACGUUCUAAUUGAAAUUAGAAGUAAUCCUUCUGCAGAUGGCAAGUUUUACUCCCAUUAGAUGCAAGUUUCAGUGCAGUACUUGAUAGAGAGCAACUCCACUUCAGGUUUGUAGAACGUGUUGACAUGUUUAACUUGUCAGGAAUAUACUUCCCUUCAGUUACCUACCAGUGUAUUCACAAAAAAAUGCUGUUAAUCGUUACCAGCAUUUAAAAUGUUUUAACUUGAGGCUACAUAUUUAAAGCAAUUAGAAUUUGAUUAGCAGGGCGAUCAGACUUCCAAUUUAUUAGCAUUCACCCCAGAGGUGGUAAUGAACUCCAAAUCAUGUUAAACAUUUUCGAUUAAUUUUAAUUCCAGCUAGUGUAGGGUGAAAUCCAACUGGGCAAUGAAAUGAACUAAUAUCUAUUUGUCCAUGCCUGAUUGUGUAAAAAUCCCAUUGGUGUUACUGACCAUCUGUUUUGAAAGCUGAGUGUGUGUAAUUGUCUGGGUAGAUUUGUUAAAAUUGGUCUAUUUGCAAAGUCACCCAGAAGAGUUUAGGGAAGGUCAAAGAUAAAGGUAGGCUACCUUAUCAAAGCUAUUUCCUUUGGUCUUUUAAUUCCUCCUCAUACUUUUAGCACAUCAGAUGUAAAUUUAUAUUCCAUGGACAUCAGUUAAUGUCCAGUGAUUUAAUUUUUUGGCAUGCUCUAUAGUUUUCUAUAAUACUAAACAUUUCACCUAUCCCAGUGCCCUCUCUCCCCUCCUAUCUGACUGCAGACCUGAACUUUCUCAAAAACAUUCUUAUAAUCUAAAUAACAUAAAACUCUGGAAGCACAGAGUUAAGUCAAGAGUGAAGCAGAGUUAAUGUUUCAGAUCGAUGACCUGUCAUAAGGACUGCAGAAGAUCAUCCACCCCCAAUGUUAUCUCUGGUUUUCUCUCUCCACAGAUGCUGCGUGUUUCUGGCAUGUUUAAUUUCAAAUUUCCAGCAUUAGUGGUAUUUUGCUAUUGUGUUCUCUUAACUCACACCCUUCGUGUCCUUCCAAUGCAUAUACUUAUUUAAAUGUGAGAUACAGAACCAUUGAUAGGACUAGAAGCUUGGUCAGACAAGGCCAUUAUAAAGUAAGAAAAUAACUACAAUUGAUCAAAUUUUAUAUACUGUAUAGGGGAGAGAAUGGAUGAGCUAAACAUAUUUGACAUAAUGUUCAAAUGCCAGGCACUAGAACAAAAAACAUGGAGCAAAUAUAUUCCAAUUGAUCUGUCUUUUUUUUUUGAAAACUGGAACAGAUGAGAAAGUCUCUGAAUAAAAUCACCAAGGGUAGUUGGGAAACAGUUCAAAGGAGAGGCCAUACCGAGUAUUUGAGGGAACAAUGUGGGAUGAACAUAAUCCUCAGUUUCAGUCUCACUGGAUAGCCAGGAAGUGAGUGUAAAUCAAAGCAACGGUCUCGGGAAGUGGCUGAGAUUAAGCUUGUAAAAGGCAAACAGUAGGAUUUACCUCUUUAUAGGAAAGGUGAGUUGUGGCUUGGACAGUUUGCUCAGUCUAGGGCACUAGCUUUGUUUAAGGAAGCAGGAGCUAUAAAGGGAAUAUGGGAGGUCAGCUUUUGAGGAAUGCUGAGAUCAAAUGGGAUGAAGAACGUUCUUCCCUGGAGUCUCUGACAUUUUAGCUAGAUUUGUCCUCCUCCAUGAGUUUGAAAUGGAACCACUUCUGGGAUUUUUUAAAAUUCAAUUCUCAGCAGACGCUGCUUUGAGUGUCUGAGCUGUCUUUGAGUGGUAAGUGUAUAAACGGUGUGGAAGUGGUUCACUGUUGGAGCGUGGACCUGAUGUGAAUGGGAAAGUGUUGAAAUGCCGAGCCAUUGACGAUACCUGGCUGAUCAGCUGACAGCUUGUCUAAGUUUUUCUCAACCCAUUUUGCUCACCAAACCUUAAAAUGCUCUAUUUCCUCUGUAAUGGCAUUUGCCACUCUGAGCAGACUUAAAUUGAAUUGCUAACACCAUUUGGAAGCUGGAUGCCCUGUUCCGUUCUCAAGUGGUUAAAUAAUUCGGUAGAAAUGUGAACAUGUCUUCAAUCUAUUUAAGAUUUUAAGUAAUAAACUUAAUAGAGUUAGCCGAAUUUACAAUCCAUGACGCGGUGGCUGCUGGAUGUGAACAGCGGAUAGAUAAUCAAAAAGAGAGGUCUUUAAUGAUGUCAUGGAAUAAUAUUUAAUUGUGACAGGCAAUUAUUACUGGAGUUGUACAUUUAUGUAGCCUUUCAACCGUCUGAACCGCAAGUGUUAACAUUGAACAAAGUAAUGCAAUUUCAUCUGUCUCCUCUAUUAACCUUGUAAAAGGCAAGAAUAUUGAUAUAACUUAAAAGGUGAGAUUGCUUUUUAUAGCCGGAUCAAUUAAAAUCUCCUUACCUCCUCAUAAUGCCCUCCAUUGGCUCCUGAAUCAUAAAGCCACUGGGAUUUUGUUAUUUUUUUUGUUCUAUAGCACGGUAGAAUUGAUUUUAUUUUUGCAAUGGAAUAAACCUAAGGAUUCCCAGUAGAUGGACAAUGAGAAUCCAUUUACAUUGUAACUUAAAAGUAUUCUCACUUUGGCUUUGAAAUAACUUAAGGUGUUUUAAAUGCAGCUUUAUUUUUGAAAAAUAUGGAAAUAAAUAUCCUUCAUAAUGAAGGGGCCAAAAAAGAAAUCUGGCAGCAUCUACUUGCUAAUUUUGUUCUUUUAUAGUCCAGUGAACAAGGUAAUAUAGCUGACAUGUAUUAAACGUUCAUUUUAAAUGACCUUUAUUAUAGCAUGUUUAGUCAUUGUGAUCACUUGAUUUCAAUGGAACUUUUCACUGUAGCCCUAUUUGUCGUUACUUUUAAAAAAAAUUUUAGCUUCAUGAGUGGUGGGCUGCGGGUGGGAGCGAGGAGCGGGGGCAGAGUGAAAGAGUUCCAGAAAAAUGAGAGACCCAACUUGCAUGGUGACUUGUGAACCCUAGACAAUAUUGCACAUUUUAAACUGGUUCACUCUUCAAAGCCUGGCCUGUGAAAACUAUGCAGAAUGUAACUUAAAGUUUACAA